AUGGAGAUCAUUAAGAGUAAUCCGGGCUCCACUGCAAGAGUUGAUGUGAUACCAAUCCCUCAAUCCCUAUCUGUCUUCGACAAAAUAUAUAUCUGCUUUGAGGGUUGUAAGCAAGGCUUUAAGACUGGGUGUAGGCCUUUCAUACAUCUAGAUGGAGCGUUUUUGAAGACAUACCAUGGAGGCCAACUACUAUCAGCAGUAGCAGAGGAUGCGAAUAACCAAUUCUACGUAGUGGCAUAUGGAGUUGCAAGAUCAGAGACGAAAGAAUCAUGGAAAUGGUUUCUCACACUGCUUCAGGAAGAUAUGGGUGAUGCACAUCAAUUUGGUUGGAACUUUAUGUCCGACCAACAAAAGGGGCUGCUACCAGCCUUAAAGAAGGUAAUGCCGAGAGUACAUCAUCGGAAUUGUGUCAUGCACAUGUGGAAGAACUUCAUAAAUAGGUUCAAAGAUAUGCACAUUAGAGACAUAGUAUGGAAUUGUGCUAGGUGCACAACUGAACCAGAGUUCAAAGAGAACAUAGAGAAGCUGAAGGGGGUGAAUAAGGCGGCAUGGGAGUAUUUGAUGAGAUUUGAAACAGCCACUUGGGUUAAGGCUUUUUUCAGUCAUGGCGCCAAGGUGGAUAACCUAACUAACAACAUGUGUGAAGUAUUUAAUGCAAAAGUGAUUAAGUACAGAAUGAAGCCCGUUUUAACCAUGUGUGAGGAAAUUAGGUGCUAUCUAAUGCGGAGAAUGACCAAGCAUCUUAGGCUGUUAAAGCACCAUAGUGGAAAGCUUGCACCCGUCCAGGAGAAAAGGUUGCAGAGGCGGAUAAAAUCCAGCAGUAGGUGGAUUGCCGAGUGGGUAGGAGAUAACGAACAAAAAAGAUUUCAAGUUAGCAGAAAGCAGACCAAAGUAGAUGUGGAUUUGAUCAAACACACUUGUUCAUGCAAUGUUUGGCAAUUGACCGUUACAUAG